UCAAAGUCUCGUCGUCGUGAGGUCCGCAUCUGGUCCGCAUGAGUCGUGUGCGUGCAGCUGAGAGAGAGAACGAAAAAAAACACAACGCUGCACUGGCUAUUACAGCCGUGUGUGGCGCGGUGUCGUUGGUGUGUGGCGCGGUGUCAGUAGUGUAGCUUACUCUAUUUUUUAGUACAUACAAUAAUUUAGAGCGUAUUGCUGAUGCUGAAUCUUAUCAUUAUGUAAUUUUUGCGGGGGAGAGAGUGCGUACGCGAAGGAGAGCCGAGAAAAAGAGAGGCAUGAGCACAAGUGAGGUUAAACAGCAGCGGAACGGGCGCAGCUGCGUCGUCGACGACAAAAUGCCGCCGUCGGCUUUCGUCAGAUAUAUCACAUGUGCAGUAAAUAUAUUAAAAUGUAUAGUACGAACUAUAUUUGUUCUUGUGAACAACGUGUACUGUAUACCAACAUAUAUUAUUUGGAUGAUGCUGUUGUUCCCUGUCAAAGUUUAUCAUCCACAAACUUACUGGCGUUUGGAGGGUCUUUUUUUUCAUUGGUUAUUAGCGAUGGUAUCUAUGUGGACUUGGUCAGCAGGAUAUGAAGUGGUUGAACAAGGAGACGAUAUUAAAAGAAUUAUAAAUGAUAGAACUUUGGUUAUUGCCAAUCACCAAAGUACAGGUGAUGUUCCUAUAUUAAUGACUACUUUCAAUGCCAAACCCAACGUACUGCCCAAUCUUAUGUGGAUCAUGGACAGUGUAUUCAAAUACACCAAUUUUGGUCUUGUAUCGCUGCUUCAUCAUGACUUUUUCAUAGCAUCUGGACGUAAAAAACGAGACGAAAGUUUGCGAUCUUUACAAAAACAUUUGAAAGAGUCGUACAUACCAUUAAAUAGAAAGUGGAUGGUCCUCUUUCCAGAAGGUGGCUUUCUUUGCAAGAGACGAGAAACAUCGCAAAAUUAUGCAAAGAAAAAUAAUCUCCCACUACUGGAAAACGUCACUCUGCCAAGGGUUGGAGCGCUACAAACUAUAAUUGACAUUGUGGGUCCUAUUCAAAAUAAUAAUUCGUCCACAGGAUCAAACUCUACUUCAAUUCUCUCAGUAACGAAGUCGGAAAUCAGAUGGGUACUCGACAUAACAAUUGCAUAUCCUCAAGGAAAACCAAUAGAUUUAUUGACAAUUAUAACUGGAACAAGGCCACCGUGCAACACUGUUCUUUUUUACCGAAUCUUUCCUACGUCAUCAGUCCCCAAAGAACCCGAGCAACUAUCAAGAUGGUUAUUCGACAGAUGGACCGAGAAAGAAGCUUUACUAGAGAAUUUCUACAAGCACGGAACCUUUAUAGGUACUCAGCAAAUAGACCUGGAAAAUUCAAUGAUCCAACAAGAUCCUCUACGUUACCUAGUCCUUCAUCUAUUUUUCAUGACCUCCAGUUAUAUUCAUUACAACAUGAUAUCCUAUGCAUUAUCUUAUCUCUGGUAAUGUUAUUGAAUCAUCAGUUAAUUUUUGGAAAAUUGAUUUUUUCAAACAGUUUCUGAUUCGAUACCAUUGAGCUUAUCUCUAUUUAUUGAGAAUAGUUCAAUUUUUGUGAUUUGAGUAAUGCUUUUGAGUGGCUGUUGUUUUUUUUCUUUCUUUUUUUUUUGUUUUUUUUUUGUUUUUUUUUUUUUUUUGAGCAACACUGUGAGGUGUUUAUAAUAUAUUGUUCUCACAUAAAAUCACAGAUACAACAAUUUUAAAUUGAUGAAUGAUUUUACUUAGUACAGGAAUGAAAUUUAAAAGUUUAAGGUGUCUUCUAAACUUUUGGCAAUGGUAACGCAUUUUUUAUAAAAGCUUUUAAAUUUUUUGAUAGAGCAAUGUGAAUUAACACUGCAGGCUCGAUGAAUUUUCAUUGAAAAUUGAAGUGAUAUAAAAUUACGAGUCCACAAUGAACUGUAUUAAUCGCACAUUCAAGAAGUUUUAAUGAAAUCUUUUAGCGACACAUGAGUAUUUGUAACUAUAUGUACAUGUGAACAUUUCAGCUCUCGCGUUUAAGUGGGACUUUAAUCGCAUUUUUUAUGUACAGCAUGAAUGCGUUUUAGCCUAGUGUUUCAAAUCAAAAGAACGUGUUUCACAGUGUGGGGUUCAAAUUCAUAGCAAAAAACAAACGUACUAAGAGAAAUAUAUACGUAUUAUAAACAAGUAAGACAUCACUGUCGCAAGACAAAUUAUAAAGAAGCGAAAGGAGCUCGUGUGGAUAAAAACGGAAAAGUAUUCUUAGCCAAGAUUUUUUAAAUAAUUAUUUUUUAUUAACAAGAAAACUAAGAAACACUACUCUAAAGUUUAUGCCAAGGCUUUCUUACAUUGAUACUCUAAUGAAUGAUUAAUAUUUGUGAUUAAAAAAAGUUCGACCUUGCGUUAAUUUACUGUCAGGGUACUCGAUUUUCCUACGUAAAAGUAAUUAUUAUUUAACGAAACUAAAACAAACGAAGCCUCGAAACACUGGUUUGGUUAAGAAAGAUGGCAGAGAUAUGGAUAUGAUAGCGGCGGAGGAGUCAUUUGCAAGUUAGCUUUAUUCAACUAGUGCUAAGAACUUGUUAACUACACAAAGAAUACACACCUACAUAGCGACUAUUGUAAAUAAGCGAAAAGAUUAUGUAUUUAUGCAUAAUUUUCGACGGAUAGGGCGAUAAUAGAAGAGGGGAUGAAAGUGCAAAACAACUGUUAUUCGCUCUAUUGAGCGAAACACCAUUAUUCGUUCCCAUUCUCGUGUAAUGCCGAUCGAUCGGUCGAUCGGAUGAUCAAUUAUUUUUUGCUGUGAAUGAACGAUGAAAUUUCAACUCGAUCGUGCCUUUUGCUCUUGCUAGCAAUUUAUUGAAUAAUGUACGUCAUUUUGUAAAUAGAACUUUUGUACGCUCAAAGAGCCAAAAACAAGUAAUUAAGAAUUUAACGGUUACAAAGAAAAGUAAUAACACAGUCUUUUUUUUCCGAAAAUUUUUUACUUGAGUCCCAUAUCCUCUUUUUCGUUUCUUUUUACGCUAAAUUGACCGAGAGUCGUUCUGGUAACGUAAUAUCUUCAAGAAAAAAAACAUUUUUCUGGUUAUAUUUCUUUUAACAUGGUCGUUUGCGCAGCCUAAUAGAUUGAUUUCAUGUAAAUACUUAUAGGACAAUUUUAUGUGUAUUUAUUCGUGGAUUUUUAAUAUAAUGAUAACUUUGAAAAUUUGUUCUUUAAUUUUUCUUUUAGCUAAAUAGAGAAUUGUUUCGUUGAUUGAAUUUCUUAAAUGAUUUGAAACGAACACUGUUUUUUAUAUUAAUUAUGUGUAAUAAUUAAAGUACUUUUCUGACAAGUUAAAAGAAUAAUUUAACCUUAAUACGUUAACGCAAAUUAAUAUUCAAUGUAAAAGUAUGAAUUAAAUGUAAAUUAUAUAUAAAAUAUGUGAACAAUAUCUUCAUGAAAAGAAAAUCAAUUGAUGUACUGUAAUACAUCAACUUCUAAAAUGUAUACAUAAGAACAAAUGAUCAAUUAUAUGCUGUAGAUAUGAAAACGCAUAUCACUAAUAUAUAAUUUAUGUGCAGUUUUCAAAACGUCUACUUUUUGACUACAUUUAAAAAAUAAUGAAGCAAUGCUGAAGCACUAAUUAAUGAAAUACUUUUGUUUGAUCUUAAUGCGCUAUUAAAAAAAGACGUCCAUCAGCAUGGCAUUUAAAUGGGUGCAUUUAGAGGCUUUUUUAUUUUUUCAAUACACCAUUUCCCUCUUUCUUGCCCAAAUAAACUACGAUGAAAAAGAAAAACAAACAAUUUUAAGGUUUUAUCUGUAAUAUAUUUCCGUUGGAGCGCACCUUUUUUUUUCUUCAACGAAACAAUGUAUGACUACGUGCGUGCAAAGAAAUUGAAAUGAAGUUGUAUAUUUGAUAUAUUACAUCGCCAUCUCUUUCCUAUGAUACCGCAUAAUCGUAAAUAUAUGUAGUGCGUAUUUUUACACUUUACGGGAGCGAAAGAAUGAAUAGUUUCGAAAGUAUCUAUCCGGCGGUAAAAUUUGCCGCAGAGUGAAACGAAUAUAGGUAUGCAAGAGUUUGUGAGUUUUAAAUGCAUAAUAACACUAAUAAAUAAUAAGAAUCUAAAGUAACUGUAAUCUUUAUUGCAACUCUACCAUAAUUUUCUUUGCUAUUUUUUAGUGAAUUUUU